AUGGAUGAGCUCAGCUCAGUUGCGGAAUUUAAUGAUCCUGACCUUAUAUGUAUUUCUGAGACCUGGCUAGAUCCGAGCAUAUACGAUGGAGUUAUAUCCAUUGGAUCUAACUAUACUCCGUACCGAAAAGAUAGAGGAACACCUGGCGGCGGUUUAAUUACUUAUGUUAAAACUGCAAUACCUUCUAGCCGCUUGUUUGACAUGGAAGAAGAAGGCAAAGAGGCUCUGUGGCUAUUGUCGAAACCACAAAGACUUCCAAGGCCUUUCAGUUGCAUUGUUAUGGUUGCAGUCUAUUAUCCCCCAGGUCAAGCGGCCAUAAAUGAGAUAACUAUGAUUGAUUAUCUUACCAAUGGAAUCAACUUUAUUCUACAAAGCUAUCCCUCUGCUGGAAUUAUAAUCGCUGGAGACUUUAACAAAAUGAAAUUAGGAACAUUAUGUAAUUGUUUUGAUUUGAGGAAAAUUGUUAAGAAACCAACUCGCCAGAACAAUAUUUUAGAUCAGAUAAUGACUAAUAUGUCGCCACUGUUUCAAGAAGUGCAACAUCGUUCUCCCUUAGGUCGAUCGGAUCACCAAUGCCUCCUUUUGAAUCCAAAACAUCGGACGAGUACACGCCCAAUAGCUAAAACAUUUCGAUCGAUGAAACGUUCAAACUUAAUAGCUCUCGAGCUAAGACUAAGCAGAACUGUCUGGGAUGCAGUAUACGAAGCAGAAGACGUAGAUGACAAAGUCUCAAUUUUCAAUGAAGUUAUUAGUCAAGCUCUAGACGGAUGUAUGCCUCUGAAAUCCAUACGCCUACAUCACACGGAUAAACCUUGGAUGACUCCGAACAUUAAAGCAAAGAUUAAGCUUAGAUAA